CAACAAAAAACAGCCGCACCCCAUCUCUCUACCUCCUCUCUCAUCUUUUUUCUUACCAACAACCAUGACCGUCGUUCUCUCCGUCGCCAGUCAUUAACCGAACCAGCGCCGUCCCAGCUGUCGGAGCGCCGCCGCCCAAUGCCAGCAGCAGCCGGCGAAGCAGCCAUAGCUGCUACCGCUACCUUGAUCCCUUCCCCACGCUGGAGCGUCGCCGCCCAACACAAACCAGUGAUCUGCUUGGCUUUGGUAUCCCCACAGCCGGCAACCGUGAGACUAAUCCUCUGUUCUUCGGUCAGCGCAUUUUGUGGUAGAAAACUGACCACAGAGUUUGCUCCAUUCGCCAGAGGCGGGGAUCGAACCCCCGACCUCUUGCUUAAGAGACACAGCGCUGAACCACUAUGCCAACUCUGGUGGUUUUCAGAGCUGACAUUCGGUGGUGAAGGUGAUUGGCCUCGUCCCUGAUAAGAAUUCGAAGUCAACUGCUAAAAAGAAAUUUCGGACACCUGUAUACUCCUAUGUAAAAACUAUAGCAUUGUUUAAGUGUUUUGGUGGUUGUUGGUGUAGACACGUGAUUUUGACCCUCCCCGAGUUUUAUAUAUAUUUUUCGAUAUUAAAUAUUUAUAUUUGGUCCGUUAUUAUUUUAAU